AUGACGAGAGAAAAUGGCUGUGAGGUUGUUGUGAAUGUUAAUCGAUGGGUGGCGAUUGGUGUUGGUGGUUGUGCGUGGAGGAGCAAUGAGGAAGUUGUAAGGGAGACGAUGGCAGGUACUUGUUGCGUGUUGGUGGUAGAAAUGAAAGCAACAGGGAUUAAAGGGAGGCAGAGGUUGUUGCAUUGGCAGAGAGAGCUGCGCUACAAGUUGCCCCAGCUUCACUUUGUUUGGAAAAGAAAAACCUCCCCGUUGAAUAUCACUCACCGCCUCUCUAUCUCCUGCUCAAAUAUCUCAGAUCUACUCUCUUCUCAUCGGAAUUAUCUUGUUCGUCAUAUCAAUGGGUUUCACAUCUUAUACCUUAUAGGUCUCGUGAAAGCCUUGAGGUUUGGGGACUUAACGAAGGAAUGGCUUACUGGGUUUGGAUUUGUAAGCAUCAGUGGUCUCGCUCUCAGCGGAUACAACGCACAUUUGGGAUGGCCAUAUUAUGCAUGCUUGACUGCUGCAUCUGGGCAGAUGGCAUGGCAGAUUUAUGGAGCUGACUUGUCAAAUCGUGCUGAUUGCAAUAGAAAGUUGGCCAGAAUACCACCAUUUCUCUUGGUAGGCGUUGCAAAAAUCUCGAGUUCUUAGAUCUUUCAUGGUGUCGCCUCCUUACAGACGAGGUACUAGGAUUAAUUGCUGACAGCUGCUGGUCUCUCAGGUUGCUCAAAUUUUUUGGUUGCACACAGGUCGUCCAACGUGAUAAGGUGCAAAAGCCGCAUGAAGGCCAAGACAGUUGAGCUUCACAUCGAUCAUCUAUAUUUAGUAUAUAUAGUACAUCCUAGCUAGUUAGUUUUUCUAGGUUUUAGUUUUAAUUUCUUGGGUUUGAUUUAUGAUGUUGUUUUGGACUGUUUGGUUAUGAUUUUGGUUAGUGACAUAGAUGCGUGUAUGUUUGAUUCUGGUUGGUAACAUAUGUGUACGUACUAUGAAUUUUAACUACUUAAGUUUUUGUAAGUUAAUUUUAUUGUUAA